UAAAUAAAAAUUAUAGGUACUAAACUUUAAUUGGCCAACGAUCUAUGAAUCUAAUCCAUGAAUCCACCAAUCCAAUUGGAUUGGAUUAAAUUAGUUGGAUAUUUUUAGUGGAUUGGAUUGAGAAUUGCCUCCUCUAGUUUUAAUGGUAUUUUGGUUCAUAAAUUUCAUUCAAAUCUUAUAUAUGACUAAACAAACUCUUUUCUCGACUUUUUUUAUAUUUUGACUUUUCUCGACUAAAAUGUAGCCUAAACGAUCUCGACAAGUUUUAGAUUACAAUGUUUCUUUAUCAAUUUAUGCUCUUUUAACUAUUUUGGUAACCUUUGUUCAUGAGUUUCGAAUCCUUAUUGAUUGACAAUGUUUCUAAGUUUUAUGAUCAUUUUAUUCAAAAAAAAAAAAAUAUUUACAUGGGGAAUACUGUUUUAGAAUCUGAAACCUCAACAACCAUUGAGUCCAAUUUAUCUUAUAGCUCAUAAGUUUUAAUAUGAGUUUGCCUCGUACGUCUUGGUCUGUAAGGGUAACCAACACACUCUUUUUUACCGGUUAACCGUUUACGUUGUUUCCUUAAUCCUCAGCAAUUGAUGCUCUUUGGUUUAUCUUGCUGGCCUUUCUCAAGAGUUUCAAUCGACAAUACACAAUAGGACUAGGAGUGGGAAAUUGGGGAGGGAAAUGGAACUUUUUCUCCUCCAAUCCAAGAGACUGAGAAAGAGCCACAAUAGAGAUAAAUGUGGUUUUGGACAAAACUUAAUUUAUUAUGAAUUUUGCCACACUGUAUACAUAAUUCGAUUAGUAUUCUAUAUAGCUAGUAAUGUUUAGUUAAGACGGGUAUUUCAAUUUAAUAUUUCUAAUUUUGAUACAACUAGUAGUUUUUAAUGAUUAUAUUAAUCCUCCAUUAAUAUAUGGUAGAGUUUUGUGUACUUUUCUCCAUUUCAAAUUUCCUGCAACGAUAGUGAAAGUAGGAAGGUCAUUUUUGUCUUUACACAUUUAUUAUUUAUUUCAUAUAAAAAUAGCAAUAUCAAGGUUUGAACCCGGGUCUCUUCAAACAAAGAUAACAAUCACAACCAGUUACACUAAACAAAUUUAUUGCAUUCUUUUUGAUAAAAAAAAUAGACAAAGUUAAUCUCUGAAAAUCAGAGGACUUUUUAAACAUAAUUAGCAAGCUCACUAAGUCUACCGUAUUUAUUUUUAUCGAGCUUGAUACUUCUAUUUUCAUAGUAAAGUUUCAUGUAAUUUUCUCAAUUUUAAAUUCCCGCUCUCUCCUUAAUUUUUGCUAAAGGUAAAUGGGUAAUUGGCCAACAUGGAAGAAACUAAUUAUGUAACUACUGUUGUAUCCUUGCAUUUUUCAAUUUAAAUUUAAAUUUUGUGUUUUUUAUUAUCUUUGUUCUUUUCUCUUUAUAACUUCCUCCGAAAUUUCAUCCAUCGUGCAAUAGUUUGCGCCUUUCACUUCCCAGUACAAGACUGUCAUUGAAAAUCAAUCUUCAGGUAUCUCUUGGCACUACGGUUUUAUUGUUGGGGAUUUUAAGCUGGGCGAGUAGAAGAUUUCAACUCCGAUAUCAAUUCAUGACGAAUAGAAUGGAGUUCAUCAAUAACUGAAGUUGUAGAAGGAAGAUUAGAAAUUGAAUUUUUGGUUGAAUAUAUGCCUCUUGAGAUAGAAAUUUGGUUGUACAACGGAGAGUGGUGGCUAUUGGAUCUUUAGGUUUAUGGUUUUUGCAACUGUCAUAACCUAUUUCUAUCUUAAAACGAGGAAUCAUUGAUCGAUUGUUUGAAAUAUGUCGCUUCUUUAUUCAACCUACUGGAACUAAUAGAUAAUGAGUGUCUAAUUUUGCGCCUUAUUACUUUGAUCGAGUCUAUUCGUAUAUUGGAGAUAACCCUGAUUUUUUCGUUUGCUCUCAAGUUGUGAUGGUCCCCUCUUAGCUGAGUUUUUACUAUAUAGAUGACUUGAAUCAACAACUCUCCAUUUCUUUUUGAUUAGUGACAUAUUGUUUCUAAAAGGAGAGCAUUGAACCUUUUAUAUAGGAUUGUGAGGUUUAAGAUUUAGUUUCAAACUAUCUAUGGGUUGUGUGAGGAUUUCAGUGAGCUUUUAUACUCUAUAUUUCUUGACUGUCAAAGAAAACUAACCAAUAGCAUUUUAACAGGGAAUUAAUUAGCAUUAUGAAAAUGGGGUCAAUGAUACAUUUUUAUAUUCUUAAAUGAUUAUGAUAUUUCUCCGAAUUUUCGACCUAUAGAUUAUUUCUUUAUGUAUCAUCUCGAUCGAAUGAUUAUCAAUAAGAUUAAACGGGUUAAUAGACUUAAAAGUAACAUAAAAAUACAAAUAAUUAAAUAUGAGCAUUCCGGCCAAAGGGCCGGGUUAUAAGCUAGUGUUUUAAUAUGGACCAUCUGUCUACUCGUUGAGUUCUUCAUUUGUCGAUUAUGAUUUAUGAGACGUUAACUUGGAUUUCAAUACAUAAGAUGGCCAGUAAGUCAUGGUAAAGUAUAGCCAGCCACACAAGCAAUGCAAUCAUGUGAAGGCAGGGCACACUGCAAAUAAAGAUGAAGAACGAAGAGAUCAUAUUCAAUUGGGGAAGCCCGAAGCCUUCUCUGAUUUAUUUUUGUUGGUAUCUUUCAACCCUACUGGGUUCGGUGAAGUAAAGAUACAGACCCAUUUAUGGACACCUAGUUUCAGUGAGCAGGAGUGAGAAGAACAAAAAUGGUGACAUGUCGAUUAUCCAAUCUUUCCUGUCCUCCCCUGAGGAUUCCGCUUAUUAUAGCAAACCAGAAACCCUUGGAAGGAAAAGGAAAACUGACCUCCACUUACUAGUUACUAUCAUCCUUAUUUGGUUAAUAAGCAUGCAAAGUUCCUCCAAAAAUCUUAGCCCCCUGAAAACAGCAACAAUUCCGAAUUCCAAAGGGAAGAGAGUGGAUAGGGGCUAAACUUUUGCUGCAUUCUUCCGUUGGACUCUCAGUGAAGAAUCAAUCUAUUCCAAACAUUGCUCUUCUCUUGUUUAUCAAACCCCUUCUUACAAUUCCACCCUCCCCUGCUCUAUCUAUCUCCAUUUUCCAUCCACUUAUCCCCUGUUUUAGCCUUGCUCCAUGUAAAACAAAGAGGUUGAAGUUCCCAGAAGAUCCACUCCCACCAUUUCUCACAUGAUCAUUUAUAGCCUCGCAGGGCCUUCUAUUCCUCUGUAUUAAACAACCAUUCAGUUCUGUUCCUUUCUAGCCGGCUGCUCCAAAUCCCCUGUUUCUAUCCCAGCCUCCCCUGUUUAGCCUCCUCUGUUUUCUUUACUCCCCUGUUUUUUCUUCCUUUCCCUGCUCCUUUAAACAAUGCAACUUUCCGCCUCUUCUCGGCUAGCCUUUCUUGUCAUGGUCGUGGUGAUGCUCUCGGCUGUCGACAUAGCAGCCUCAACUGUUAUCCAAUUAGAGAGAAUAGUUCCUCUCAAUUCCUCGUUGGUUUCUGUGGAGCAUCACAGAGCUCGGGACCGGGCCCGGCAUGCCCGGCUCUUCAGCGGCCUCCUCAACUUCUCCGUUUACGGAUCCGCUGAUUCUUUCUACUACGGGAUUUAUUUCACAAAAGUGAAAUUGGGCACUCCCCCAAGAGAGUUCAAUCUCCAGAUUGAUACUGGCAGUGAUCUUACUUGGGUCAACUCUAAGUCCUGCCCCUCGUGUCCGCGCUCGAGCCGAUUCGGGAUUGUUCCCUGUUCGGACAAGUACAACAUCUGUGAAACUAUGUGUUCGGGGAACGACAAGUACUGUGGCUACACAGUCAAGUAUAUGAAUGGGGCCAGAACAUCAGGAUUUUACGUGGGGGAUGUUUUUCACUUCGAAUCGAUUCCCACGACCUCGACGAGUCCUAACGCCUCAGCGGGUAUCCUGUUUGGCGUCAGCACCUACCGGUCUGGUUUCUUGGCUGACGUGGACCUAGCUGUUGAUGGGAUAUUUGGAUUUGGGAAAGGCGAUCUGUCUAUUCUCUCCCAGUUGUACUACAGGGGAGUCACACCUCAAGUGUUCUCCCAUUGUUUGAAGGGAACUGGAGGUGGUGUGUUUGUUCUGGGAGAGGUAUCGGUACCAGGGAUGGUGUACACCUCGCUUGUCCCAUCACGGCCCCAUUACGGUGUACACCUUGAGAGUAUUGCAGUUAAUGGAAAGUUGUUGUCAGUGGAUCCUCAAGCAUUUAUGCCAUCAAUUGAUCGUGGGACAUUCCUAUAUACGGGAACAACAUUGUCAUACCUUGUCAUAGAAGCAUACGAUAUGCUUGUUCGUACUGUGACUGAUUCAGUCUCAAAAUUCGGGGCUCCGAGUACAAUCAAUGGGCUGCAAUGUUACGCGAUUAGUACCAGGCUAUUUCCUCUGAUGAGUUUGAAUUUAGCUGGCGGUGCUUCUUUGGCAUUGAAGCCUGAGGACUACCUGAUUCUUUCUAAUGAUGGUAGCAAGUGGUGCAUAGGCUUUAUGAAGCUUCAAGGACAGACCAUUUUAGGAGAUCUUGUUCUCAAGGAUAAGGUCUUUGUUUACGAUUUGAUUCGACAACGGAUUGGAUGGGCGAACUAUGAUUGCUCGUCGUCGGUCAAUGUCUCGGUAUCUAAAGACGACUUCUUUUACCCAAAGAAGUCGAGCUCGGGCAGCUCCUCCAGAGACUUGCUUGCCCUGUUGCUUCUUGUAUCCAUUGUCUCCGCAUUCUUUUCAACUUAGCUGUCACUUAGAUUAGCUUAUGUGAUUCAUGUACAUAUGUGUUCUUCAGAUGAUUAAUGAAUCACUCAAUGACUACUUCAAGAAUGCUUCUGUUACCUUUCCAUUUUGUUAAGUAAAAGCUAUUUAUCUCCUGCUUUAUCCUUUGCCCUUGCUCUCCCUUCUGCAAGUUUGUUCCUAAUGUUAAGGAGAUGGUGCGGCAUUGCUAUAUACCAACAAAAGUAUCACUAUAUCUUUGGAAAUGAGACAAAUAUCUGUUUUUUCUAUUGCUUACCGCAAUUUUGAAGAGAUUCUUGAUUAUAUUCAUUCAUAUCUAUGGGAUCCUUCAAGGAUCUUUGCAUUGAUGGUGAUAGAUACAUGAUGGACAUCAUCAAUGGUUUCUCUCAUAAAUUUUGGAUUUAUUUCUCACAACAUGGAAAUAAAGCUUUCUUUGCAUCUAAAAAUUGGAAAAUGUUGGUUGAAAUUACAAUUAAGGAACGCCUAAAUUCACUCUAUAUUGAGGAAAUUUUAAAUAUUGAAAUACUCCAUAUAACUCUAUCAAGAUAUAUCGAGAGAAAAACACAUUGAUUAUAUUUAGAUUUUGCAUUAGUAACUUAUAAAGCACAAAAGAUACAUAAAAUUAAUAGCAUGAAUUUCACCUUGAUAUGUAGUCACUUAUGGAAUUGGUAGAUUUGCCAACAACAAUCUAAGCACAAUAAAGAAAAAAAAAAAUUUUGACGAGCAAAAGUUUUUUUUUUUUUUUUUUAAGUUUAGAAUGCUGGAUAUUUAGAGCAUAUAUUUAGAUGACGCAUCUUCAUAUAUAAAUGGGGAGAUAUUGUUGCUUAUUAAUUUUUGGAAAGAUCAUUACUCUUUGAAUGGGGGAAAACAAUUUUGAGGAAAUACAAUCUUAAAUCAUGU